UCCAUGCUCUCCCUGCCUUGCGGGCUGCAUCCAUGCCCUGGUGCGCAGUUCCUGGGGGGUGCCCAUGGUGGGGUCCCAGAGCUAUGCCCCCACCCCUCCACCAGCAGCCCCCUGGGUGCUGGGCGAGCGGGCUCACCCUGGGACGGGUGGCCGCUGGCGCUUUGCGGCCGGCCUGGCCCUCCCUCCCCCGGCCAGGCUUUGCACACGAGUCCCCGGCACUUCACACGGGCCGAGGCCACCGGCUGCCACCAGCCCCGGCCACGCUCCGGGGUCACCCGCCCCGGACCCCCGUCCCGGAGGAGGAUGGCAGCCGGCGAGGAGAAUCGGCACCUGCUGAGCGAGGGCGCAGGCGGGUCCUACCUGGGGGCUGCGCAAAAGAACGGGCACAACUCGGUGCAGGGGCAGGCGCCCAUCCUGGAGCUGGGGGCACGGCGCAGCCGGCACUGCCACACGCAGGGAGCCGCCGGCCACCCCGGCCAGCAGCAGCGGGCGCGCAGGAAGCUCUACCUGGCUGCUGGCAUCUGCCUUGUCUUCAUGGUUGGGGAAGCCGUGGGUGGGUACCUGGCACACAGCCUGGCCAUCCUGACGGACGCAGCCCACCUACUGACUGACUUCGCCAGCAUCAUGAUCAGCCUCUUUGCACUCUGGGUGUCCUCGCGCCCCCCCACCAAAACCAUGAACUUUGGCUGGCACCGGGCAGAGAUCCUGGGGGCCCUGCUGUCUGUGCUCUCCAUCUGGGUGGUGACGGGUGUCCUGGUCUACCUGGCGGCUCAGCGCCUGCUCUCGGCUGACUAUGACAUCGAGGGCAGCGUCAUGCUCAUCACCUCCGCCUGCGCAGUGGCUGUCAACAUUGUGAUGGGGGUGGCUCUGCACCAGACGGGCCAUGGGCACAGCCAUGGGGCGGCCAGCGAGCAGCCCAACACCAGUGUCCGCGCUGCCUUUGUCCACAUCGUGGGCGACCUGCUGCAGAGCGUCGGCGUCCUCAUUGCAUCCUACAUCAUCUUCUUUAAGCCUGAGUACAAGUACGUGGAUCCUGUCUGCACCUUCCUUUUCUCCGCGCUGGUGCUGGGGACGACGCUGACCAUUCUCCGUGACGUCCUCCUUGUCCUCAUGGAGGGCACCCCCAAAGGGAUGGACUUCAAUGCUGUGCAGGAGACACUGCUGGCGGUGGAGGGGGUGGAAGCAGUGCACAGCCUCCACAUCUGGGCGCUGACAGCGGCACAGCCGCUGCUCUCGGUGCACAUCGCCAUCAAUGCGGGUGCCAGCGCGCAGCAGGUGCUGGAGGAGGCCAGCUCCCAGCUGCAGGGAACCUUCCGCUUCCACACCACCACCAUCCAGGUGGAGAGCUACUCUGAGGAGAUGCGGGACUGCCGGGAGUGCCAGCCCCCCCGCGACUGAGCCGCUGGGGGAACUUUUCAUGCAUAGAAAAUAAAGUGGAGCAAAGGGC